AGGAGGGUCCCGGCGCCCCCUCCCACCGCGGAGCCGGGGCCGCCCCGGGCCAGAUCGGCCCCGAGCGCCGGCGAUGUGCAGCUAACGGGCCCCUCGGGCGGGCUUUCCUCGGGCCAGCGGCGCGGGAGGUGCGCCCCAGCUAUGCGGUGUCCCGGGCGACGGCGGGCAUGACGGCGGCAGGAUGGGCGCGAACAAUGGCAAACAGUACGGCAGUGAGGGCAAAGGCAGCUCAAGCAUCUCAUCCGACGUGAGUUCCAGUACGGAUCACACGCCGACCAAAGCCCAGAAGAAUGUGGCUACCAGUGAGGACUCCGACCUGAGCAUGCGCACACUGAGCACGCCCAGCCCGGCUUUGAUAUGUCCGCCCGCCCUGCCAGGAUUCCAGAAUGGCAGGGGCUCGUCCACCUCCUCGUCCUCCGUCACCGGGGAGACUGUGGCCAUGGUCCACUCCCCACCCCCGACCCGCCUCACACACCCGCUCAUCCGGCUCGCCUCCAGACCCCAGAAGGAGCAGGCCAGCGUCGACCGCCUCCCCGACCACUCCAUGGUGCACAUCUUCUCCUUCCUGCCCACCAACCAGCUGUGCCGCUGCGCGCGCGUGUGCCGCCGCUGGUACAACCUGGCGUGGGACCCGCGCCUCUGGAGGACUAUCCGCCUGACGGGCGAGACCGUGCACGUGGACCGCGCCCUCAAGGUGCUGACCCGCAGGCUCUGCCAGGACACCCCCAACGUCUGCCUCAUGCUGGAAACCGUCGUGGUCAGCGGCUGCCGGCGGCUCACAGACCGAGGCCUUUACACCAUCGCCCAGUGCUGCCCAGAACUGAGGCGCCUGGAAGUCUCAGGCUGCUACAACAUCUCCAACGAGGCCGUCUUUGACGUGGUGUCCCUCUGCCCCAACCUGGAGCACCUAGAUGUGUCAGGGUGCUCCAAGGUGACGUGCAUCAGCUUGACCCGCGAGGCCUCCAUUAAACUGUCCCCUUUGCACGGCAAACAGAUUUCCAUUCGCUACCUGGACAUGACAGACUGCUUUGUGCUGGAGGACGAAGGCCUGCACACCAUCGCGGCGCACUGCACGCAGCUCACGCACCUGUACCUGCGGCGCUGCGUGCGCCUUACCGACGAGGGCCUGCGCUACCUGGUCAUCUACUGCACGUCCAUCAAGGAGCUGAGCGUCAGCGACUGCCGCUUCGUCAGCGACUUCGGCCUGCGGGAGAUCGCCAAGCUGGAGUCGCGCCUGCGGUACCUCAGCAUCGCGCACUGCGGCCGGGUCACCGACGUGGGCAUCCGCUACAUUGCCAAGUAUUGCAGCAAGCUGCGCUACCUCAACGCAAGGGGCUGCGAGGGCAUCACGGACCACGGCGUGGAGUACCUCGCCAAGAACUGCGCGAAGCUCAAGUCUCUGGACAUCGGCAAGUGCCCUUUGGUGUCCGACAUGGGCCUGGAGUGCCUGGCCCUGAACUGCUUCAACCUCAAGCGGCUGAGCCUGAAAUCUUGCGAGAGCAUCACUGGCCAAGGUUUGCAGGUCGUGGCCGCCAACUGCUUUGACCUGCAGAUGCUAAACGUGCAAGACUGCGAGGUGUCCGUGGAGGCGCUGAGGUUCGUGAAACGACACUGCAAGCGCUGCGUCAUCGAACACACCAACCCCGCCUUCUUCUGAGGGGGCGGCGUGGUUUUCACUUUACAAACACGAACCAGACAGAAUGUUCUGUUAAACCAGCGACACCCACUCUCAACAGCUAUUUCCUCCAGAAAGGCUCCUAGGAAUCUGGCUUUUAUUUUUUCCUUCUUGUUCAUGGGCAACAGACGUCAAAGCAAUGAGACGGGAGGGGACACAUUUCUGUUACAGCAAACCGUUGGGUUUGGGUCCGGCCAUGUGUAGACAGUUUCUCUUCUCAGCAGGCUGAUUUUGGUGUCUUUAAGCCCCUGCUUACUUUCACACACACACACACCCUCCUGGACCCUGGCAGCACCUCUAAAGUGCCACAUUCCCAUCCCCAUUCCCCUCCCCCCAACUGCACCUGCAACGGAAAGUAUUAGAAUAGUAACGCUCUCUAGAACACCUCUUUAAGAUGCUGGAUCGGCCUAGGCCCUGCUCUUCAAUCCCUCACCCCGCAAACCGAGGUUAGAUCUGUAAGGGCACUUUUCAUAUAAAGAGCUUCCCAAAUCUUCUCUAACAGUUCCUGAUGUCAAGCAGCAUGGUGAAAGCAGAGGCCAGUGCUUUUUUCCUAGCUCUGCCCUAACCAGUUGUGCUACUUUCCUUGAAGCACUUCACCUCUCUGGGGCUUCUGCUCCCAGCACUGCACCUGAGGCCAUUCUGUGGGGGGCACUAGAUUCCUGAUCAUUUGAGGACUGACAACAGAGAUACCAGUAAUCAAAAGACCUUGAUAGAGCAUCUAUGUCUUGCAAGAGAAUUGAAUCUGGGAAUGGGCCAUGCUCUGUGGAGCUUCUGCAGUGCCAGCCUCAGUGGGGCAAAGGGUCCUCCACAUCCCUGUGCUCCCAUUUGAGCACCACCACCUUGGCUGGGUGCCGGGAAGGUUGGUGGGUGAGGCUAUUGCUGGAUGUCAUGGUUUGUGUACAAGGUACUUUCAGCAUUCCACACUCCACAUACAUUACCAGCGCUCCAGAAAGCCGCAUUGUGGUGAAGCCCAAAUCCCCCAGUCAGGGUGCCUCUUAGGAGUGUUUUCAACUAGGAAGAAAGACCUUCGUAAUUUUUCAAUUAACAGGCAAGGCCCAAGAGAGCACAUAGCCUCAAAGGUUUUGCUAAUCCUCCCAGUGCACAUGUGGCACACAUCAGGCACAGCUGUCCGGCAGCUGGCAAGGACAGCCGCCUUGGUUCUUUGUCAUUCAGAUGUGUUUUGACUCUUUGCAUCUAUUUAUUUCUUUGUGUAACAGACUUCAUCACAUGAAGCCUCUUGGGGUUACAUUUGUAAGUGUUUAAUUGUGCAAAUCGCCACCUUGUGUGUCUCCCCCUUGGCUGUCUGCAUGUUUUCCAUUAGAGAAUGCAAAGCAGACUUCUAGGUGCUUAAAUCCUGUUCCUUCAGAAGUGUCAGACAAAUAGAAGAAGGAACACAUUGAUAAGACACGUGCUGUUCCACCAACCAUGCCCUUGGAAUAGAACCUUUAAAUCACUACAAAAUAUGAAUUUUAAAGGGAUGGACUUGAAAGCCAUCCCGUUGGGAUAGAAAUCAAUUUGGUGGCCUCAUGUAUGGGAAAUCAGGUAGCCAGAAGAAAUGUUAUUGUUCAUUUUCAUGAAAUUCCAUUGUCUUUUGUUAUUAACUUGAGGGUCUUUCUCAAAUUAGUCUCCAGCCACACCCCUUCUUCAUCAUUGCUGAAAGAGCUCAUUCAUUUCCUUUUCAGAGGGUUCCUCAUGCAGUUUCAGAGCGUGUGCGUACCCAAGCAAACGUGCUAAAUGUGUUUUAGAUCAAGCUUACACACUUCUCGACAACUGCACUCCUACUGUAGGCUCCCGUGCGUGUGUAAUGCUCUUACGUUGGAAAGGAAGUUAGAGUGAUGCUCUAGCCUCUGUCCAGGAGGUUUCUCUCAUAUGUCGUGGGAAAUGUGGCUUCCUAUGCAGCUAACAUCAUCAACUCAAGUAUGCGAUCAGAGCUAGGUGCUGUGGGGAAAGUGAAUUGUUUGCUUGGGGACAGUAUUUCGUGAUAUCCACAGAGUUCAGAACCAUAUAAGUCAAAGGUAGUAUUACUUUGCUCUGUGUCCUAUUAACCUAUUCAAAGUUUAAUAGUGACUCUGAAUUUCAGAGUCACAAAAAAUUGUCCCUAAUCUUUGAUACCAGGGUAUUCCAAAAAACACUGGUUUACUCUUCCCAGAGUGAGCAGGGAAUUUUACUCCCUGAGCCAUUGUGACAAUUGCUGUCACCAGCACCUGACCAUAUGACCCAAGCUGCCUUCCAAGCACUAAAUGAAGCCAACUUUUCACACUGCCUGCCCCACACAUACUGUUUCCCAGGUUCCCCCUUUCCCAGUCUCCUCCCUUGUUCUGCUCUCCCUUAGGGUAUGAAUCUGUGGCAGAGGUUACUGGGGAAACAGCUCAGCAGAUGUUUAGAGACCAAGCAAAAGGCCUCUGCUGGAAACUUAUCUGUUUUAAAACAUUACUUCCUUUCUGGCUCUGCUAAAUUGAAUGCUCAUUGUUGUUGCUGUUGUUUUUUUUUUUUUAAUUCUAAUGUUCAAAUCACUUUGUGCUGUAUGACUCUAGAAAGCCUUAAUUUACUACCACCAAGAAAUAAAGCAAUAUGUUGGUAA